AUGGCAACUACAGUAAAUGAUAACAACGCUAUGACGUUGGAGCUAUAUCGUAAGGCACUAAACUUUAACGUAAUUGGACGCUAUGACCCGAAGAUUAAGCAGCUUCUGUUCCAUACACCUCAUGCCACUGUAUAUAAAUGGGAUUCAAAGGAUAGCAAAUGGAAUAAAUUGGAAUACCAAGGUGUUUUAGCUAUAUAUCUGCGAGACAUAACAGAUGGUGGUGAUUUGCCUACACCCUCUAGUGAACAGCAGCAAGAUAUAAAUGGAAGUAAUGAGAAUAGGAAUGCAGAGUUUCUCAAGGGACGUGAUAUUUACAACUAUGCAUUAAUGGUUCUGAAUAGAAUGAACCCUGACAUUUUUUCCAUUGCAAUUGCGCCCAACAGCUCAGUUAAUAAACGGAAGCUGUUUGCUGCACAAGAAGAUGAUCAACAACCGCUUGAGCCAAUGGGCGUUGAAGUCAAGGAUGAUUUAGUUAUAAUUAAGAAUUUGAGAAAAGAAGUUUAUGGCAUAUGGAUCCAUACGCCUGCUGAUAGACAGAAUAUUUACGAUUUGCUUAAGUAUCUGUUGGAGAACGAGCCAAAGGACUCCUUCGCGUGA